AUGCCAGUGUACGAUGUGGCCGUCAGUAAGAGCAAGAAAAGGAAGCUCAGCACUGAUGGGGUUGACCCUCCUCCAGUGCGGGGGGAAGAGCGGCGCCGAGUGGAAAAACAGGUUGAGACGGCACCCGCCGACAAUAGGGAAGGAAAUGGGAAUGCUGAACGACUCACCACUGUUGAGUUCAGUGAGCCGGCACAAUGGGUAGAGAGAAUGGCUCUUACGUCGACAAAGCCGUUGCCUUCUGACCUGAACGCCGACGAUGACCCGAAACGUGAGGAAGCCUUCAUUCAACAGGCAUUGCUCUCGGUUGUGCGUGGUAUAUCGCUACUCGAGGCGGGAGACGUUCCUUGGAAGCGCCCCGACGACUACUAUGCCGAAAUGUUCAAAGAUGACGUGCAGAUGAGUCGCAUCGCAUCUGCAAUGGAGAAGUCGAAGGCCCGAAUUGAGGAGCGCGCCCACCGGCGUGCUAUGAAGGACCAGAAGAAGUAUGGCAAAGAGGUCCAGGCGGAGGUUCUUCGCCAACGCGCCAAGUACAAGCGCGACAUGGGGGCUCGCAUAAGCGAGUGGCGCCGUAAAAGGAAAGGAAAUGAGGACUUGGACGACAUUCUCAAUGCUGAUGAGACGACUAGCGGCUCAAAGGGGAGAGGAGCUGCGAGAGGGGUACGUGGCGGGGGCACAACUCGGGCCCCUCGGCAGAAGAAUCUACGACCAGGAGGUGUGAAGCGUCGUCCUGGUAAGAACGCACGACGGAGGCGCUAA